CUUUUCCCUUCGCACUCUCUUCAAUACGCGCUUUCUCAUCCUCUAUCGACGUGGAAGACGAAUCGGUUCUUGCUUCUGCUGCUGUCAGCUGUUCUUCCAGAUGAGUAACGCCUGCUUUUGGAUGGAUAUCCGAUUAGGGGUGACUGCCAAUAAAAUCUGCAAUACCUUCUGUUCUGUUUGGGUUUUCUUUUCCUCUUUUUUGGUUCAUGGCUUCCUACUCUGUUCCUUUUGGUGUCUCUGCUUGCUAGGUGAAACAAUCUACGAUGAGUGACCAGCCUUUUUGUUGGGCUGUGGAAGGGACAUAAAGAUGGAUGUUGGAAUUGUUGACGUUUCUCUUACGUUCAGUACAACUAACACACUUGCAGAAAAAGUUCAGCACUGUAAGGUAGCGAGGACGAUCACUACACGGAUAACAUUGUUUACAAAGAAAUCAUCGAAAAAGCUACUUUAUGAGCAUAUUGCGACAAGAACAGAUAGUAUCCUAGCAAAAAAAAGGGAAACAACUCACGAAGAAUACUGAUGAUGUGCAAUCCGAUCGGUAGCAAUCAGCUUGUAUUCGCUCAAGCGAUGAAACGAUAGCUAAUGCUCUUUUCGCACAUGACUUCUCCAACAAAGAUGAAUCUAUACGAGGCUGUGGCAUUGGCUAUGAUGGUCGUGGAGAGGCAUUUUUGCAUGAAAAUUUGGUACAUACUGCUGGAGAUAAAGGGCAAUAGUUGGACAGUCGAUGGCAUCACUUAAUACACUGAAUCUGCAUAAUACAUGGAGCAUAGAUUAACCAUUUAUAGGAUCACUCCACAAACAAAAGAGUGGACGUCAAAGGUACAACUCAUUGAGAAGCCUCGGCCAAGGCAAAGUAAAGAUGGAAAGACGCGAUUCCAGAUUGCUGUUGUCCAAGACGAAAGAGAAGAGCAAGUAGUCGUUGUUCUAUACGGGGAAGACAUAGAAAAGUAUGCAGACAACUUCACCCCGUUUUCCACUUACUUGAUAUCUACUGCAAAAGUGAGAGUUCCUUUACCCUACGGAGUACCUAUAAACCGUUGUGAAUGGGUUAUUGACAAAUUUACUAUCGUCGAAGAGGUGAAAGAUGCUAACAUACAAGACCCACCGUUCCCACCUCCGAUGAGGUUGAAUACUGUACCCUUUGCAUAUUUGCACGAGCAACGGCGAAAUACUGAAUUUGACAUAAUUGUCAUUGUGGUGAACUGCGGCUCGAUAAAGUAUGUUGGCGCUAACAAUAGCAAAUGUCGUGAAAUUACCAUAAUGGAUACCAAUAUGAGGUCUACUAUCCUUACCCUGUGGGAAGACUUCGCCGACGCUGAUGGAAGCAUCCUCGCUGCAGAGGUUGCUGAAUAUCCAGUAAUUGUAGCAAAACGAAUUACGCGCACCACCUAUGCUGGAUUAUCAUUGUCGACAAGGUACAACUCGGUCAUAUUGAUAAAUCCACCAUAUCCUCAAGUUGGAAGACUUCUAAAUUGGGUCAGAGACAACCGAUCAAGACUGAUGAGAUACAGUCAGCAGGCAGUAGAUUCGUCUCUUGUGCUUGCGGCAGAAUACAAUAAUACUGUCCCAAUUGCUGAUAUCCAGUCACAACCUCAUAUACAACUCUUUUACGUGGAAGGUAAAUUAUCAUUGACGGCUGAUGACCAAGAUUUUUAUGAAUUAUUGUGUUCCCACUGCGGGCAACAGUACAGAACUCAUUCGCCGAAAAUUAUUCAUUGUGCGAGCUGCAUGCGAUGUUAACACCCAGGUAUUGUGACUUUGAAUUCAAGCCUAAUAAAAUAUGUCUGUUCUACAUCUUUAAACAAAAAAGGUUUCUUCAGUCAUUGGCUUUAUGAAAAUCAAAUAACGCAAAUUAAUUGCUAACGUAAAUCAAAGCGACGAAUUAAUUUACUUGAUGCUUAAAUCAUGUUCUCUUAUUAUUCUAGCUUUGGUAGUACAUCAUGAAACAUUUAGUUUAUGAAUAUUUCUGCCUGUAAAACUCAAUAUGGUUGAUUUACUCUUUCAUGUUAAAGAAACUUUAUUCCCUUGAAGAUUUGUUACUCUCCAGAACAGAAAAACGGAGAAUUGAACAGUUUCAUGUUUCUAAAACUUCAUUCUUUUGGGUUUAUGGAGAGCAUUUUCAUUCUUUUCUAAGAAACCAGGCAAGUCAAUUAUUACUAACAAUUAUUUUUCUUGUGGGGUUCUUAAUGUUAAUUGUGCUUCUUCUUUUUUGUUGCUAUUAGAGCACACUUUGAAGUUGUAAUAACAGAUGGCAGUGGAUCAGCUGUUGCAACAUUAAUAGGCGAAUUAGGAGAGAAAUUUUUUGAUAUGACCGCCGCAGAUAUAUGUGAAAUGUCAGUUAAGGAAGAUUUGUUUCAAUUGCCCGCACCAGUAGCUUCUGAAGAAAUUGGAGAGAGCAGUAACACUAAAUUGGAAAAUAUUGAGCUGAAGAAACAGAUAGAAAAUGAAGGCAGCGGUCAGUUGAAUGUGGAACAAGUUACACCCAUAGAAGAGCUGAAGACCGAGUUAACUACAGAAGGUGGCUCUUCUACCAAGAGGCAACAAACUGAACUGGAGACUCCCCGAAGAAAAAAUGAAGGGUGUUAUAACUUUGUAAAAUGGCUGUAUAUACGCUUUCUCAUGCUAUGUACAUACGUGUUUGAAGGUCGCUAGCUUGUGUUUGACAGAAAAUAUGGACAACGCAGGUCACUUUGUGUGACUUACUGGCAUGUACAUUUAUAUUUUUGUUAGCCGGUAAACAUAUUGGUCCUGUAACUAAUGUAAAUAGUGGGUUGAAAGACUAGCAUUAAAUAUGACCUCUUUUUUUGGCUUGAA